AUGGUCGGCACAAAGCGCAGACGGGACGACGACGAUGCAGGGGAAACACCGCGAAAACUACGCGCCCAAACUGCAGACCAUGUCGACGAGGAGCAGGACACCAUCGAGGUGCAGACGCCCUCAAAGCGAGCCAGGGCCCAGCUUGCAGACAUUGGCACGCCCAAGUCCAUCCUGAAAAAGACAGGCUUUGCAAUUGCUGUCAAUGGCGGAACUCCCAAAUCGACGCGUAAACUCGUCUUCGAGACGCCGACCAAACCUGACAGGGACGACACAUCCUACGGCACCCCGACCAUCGUUCGCAAUGCAGACCGCAGCGCGCGACGAAAGAGCAACAGACAGAUGCUGGAGCGAACCCUCAAUGGUGUCGACAGUGACGAGGAGGCUUUGGACGAAGAAGAGACCCUGGCGGAGCACAUUCUGGCUCUGGAGGACGAGGAGGAGGACGGGGGUGCAGAGCAAGUAAUACAAGACGAGGUGCCGGUGCCAGAGACGCCCUCAAAGCGAGGGAGAGGCCGUCCCAAAGGCUCAGGAAAUGUGGGACGGCCACGAAAGCAACGCUCCCCUACUCCACCACAAGAGCUGCCUCCGCAUGAAGAGUACUUCUGGCAGAAUCGCCCUGGUGGCGCCAAAACAUCGAACAAUACCCUCUCCGCGCAAAGUCUGCUCAACCACGAUGAGUACUUUCAGGUCAUGCAAUCGUACCAGGAUCGUCACGAGGUGGAGACGGAUCUUUUGUUGGAGCUGCACAGUCGUGCGUACGACCAGUGGAUGUUUGAGCUCGACGAGGGCUUCAACAUCUGUCUGUACGGAUAUGGCUCGAAGCGCACCAUCACAGAACGAUUCACAGCACAUCUAUAUCGUCAAAUGUCAGAACGCACCCCGUACAAAGGAACGAAGAAAACACCAAGGAUUGUCGUCGUCAAUGGAUACACCGCUGGAAUCACAAUAAAGGAUGUUCUGACUACAAUAGCGUCAACCGUUGUGCCUGCGAACACCAAGAUGCCCAAUCAGCCGUCCUCACUACUCGAAUUUCUUCUCGAGCACCUCACGAGCAACCCACCCGCGCAUCCAGUUCCUGUCAUUCUGAACUCCAUCGACUCGCCGCAUCUCCGCAAGUCCACCACACCAUCUAUGCUCGCUCGCCUUGCAGCGCAUCCAUCCAUCAACCUCACCUGCACAGCAGACACCCCCAAUUUCUCUUUGCUGUGGGACGUCGGUCUGAAAACGCAGUACAAGUUUCUAUUCCACGACGCAACGACCUUCGCCCCCUACGACGCCGAAAUAGACAUCGUGGAGAGUGUGAACGAGCUACUUGGACGAAGCGGCCGACGCGUGGGCGGCAGAGAUGGUGUAGGCUUUGUCCUGCGCUCUCUGCCUGAGAACGCGCGGUCACUCUUCCGCAUUCUGGUUGUCGAGCAGCUGGCUCUACUCCUCAUGGAGGGCGGGCUCGAGGAUGAAGAUGAGGUUACCGCCACUCCCAAAAACAAGAAAGUCGCACAUACCAAAAACAAUGUCUCAGAGUCUAACCAAGGAGUCGAGUACAGGGUGUUGUAUCACAAGGCUGUGGAAGAGUUUGUCUGCUCUAGCGAGGUUGGCUUCAGGACGUUGCUCAAAGAGUUCCACGACCAUCAGAUGGUGGAGAGUCGGAAGGAUGCUAUGGGUACCGAGAGGCUUUGGGUGCCCUUCAGACUGGAAGAACUGGAAGGGUUGGCAGAAGAUCUGGCCAGCGAUGCAUUCUGA